UCAGUCAGUCAGGGAGCGGGCGGGCGGCUGCCGGCCUCCUUCCUUCCCUCCUUCCCGCCCUCCUCCCGCCGGGCGCCUCGGGGUCUCCCUGCCCUCGUCCCCCCGCGCUGCCGGGCGGGGAGAGCCGCCCCGGCGAGGGAAGAAUAACACAGGUGAGCAGAGCCUGAAGACUUUCUGCUGGACAUAAAUCUGACAUGCAUCUGAUCCUGCUCUGGGUGCCUGGUGUGUGGUAAAGCAGCACUGCUGUCGUCUUCACUGCUCUGCUAUUUAACUGGUAGCUCAACGAGAUACUGUGAACAAGGACACUGAACCCAAAGACCCAUAUCCCAUUCCAAGAAAGAUUAUGGCUGAACCAGACUACAUAGAUGAUGACAAUCCUGAAUUAAUUAGACCUCAGAAAUUAAUUAAUCCCGUGAAGUCAUCCCGGAAUCAUCAAGAUCUCCACAGAGAGUUGCUUAUGAAUCAGAAAAGGGGUCUUGCACCUCAGAACAAACCAGAGCUACAGAAGGUGAUGGAGAAAAGGAAACGAGAUCAAGUUAUUAAACAACAAAAAGAAGAGGAAGCACAAAAGAAGAAAUCAGACCUGGAAAUAGAGCUACUGAAACGGCAGCAGAAACUGGAGCAGCUGGAACUGGAGCAGCAGAAGAUGCAGGAAGAGCAGGAAAACGCACCUGAAUUUGUCAAAGUCAAGGGCAACUUGAGGAGGACGGUCCAGGAGGCAACAGAAGCACCAGACUCCUAGAGCCAGCGCCUGCUCAGACUUCCAGCUUUCCUGCAGAGAGAGGCUUUUGCAAGUUGUCUCAGAUUUGCCCCUCGAGAGGGAAAAUAACAGCAUCCAGCUGACACUUACUGAAGAUGAGAUUUUUAAUUCCUGGGAUGUGUGGAUUAAAAAGACAGUACCAUAAACAGAUCGACUUGCCAAAUGCAGUCCUGAGAUCAAUGGAUAAGGAGACUGUUUGUCAGUUCAGUGUCAUGGACCAGUCUGAUGUGCUUACUCAGAGAUUUUAACCAGGGAUACUAGAGAAACUCCUUCAGUGUUGCACUGCUUUAUCUCUUGUGAUCCUAGUUUAGUGGAGAUACACAGAUUAUAUUUUGCUUUAAAAAGAACAAAAAUCCUCCUGUGAUGUCUUACGAAGCUUUGCUGUGCAGGUAGAUUGCCUCCAUCUAGAACUACAGCCUGUGUAUAUCCCACAAUAAUUUGUGUUUAGUUGCAAUUUUUAUCAAAUCUGGGAGGAUGGAGGUCUAUUGAUCACUGCUGCCCAUCCCCACUAGGAUAGGCAGCUGUGGGCAAGAUGAGAAUGCUUCAAAUUCACCAGCAGUGAAAAGUUGAGCAGCCUUAAAGCCCAUUUUUCCUUGUUUGGCUUGUAGAAUUUGGGCUAUGAAGGAGCAGAAAUCUGAUGAUCCUCUCACCAGGGAGAAUCCAGAAGCUGAUUUAUCUUUGUCUCUAAACUUACACCGUUGUGUACAGGCCUGUGCAGUGCUACCUGUGAAUUUACCUCUCAAUGCAAAAUGACCUGUCUUCUACUUUUAGUGUUUUGAAGUCCUACUUACUUUGCUGUUGUGGCCUUUCUCAUCCAAGGACAUGCUCAUCUGAGUACAGUGUUAACACAUUACUUGGUAGUGUUCAAACUUAUUUGCUGGAACUGAAAUCAGGAAUCUGAUCUGCCAUCAGUUCCGGCUCUUCGCUUGCAGGAUCUUGUUGCAGUUCGUGCAACAGAGCAGCGUUUAAGCCAGACCAAACUGAUCGUUGGAAUCUACUGAGAUGGAAUUUUUUUUCCCUAAAGUGAGGCAUAAAAUGAAAUUCAUUUUAUCCCAUCCUUCCUUUAGCCUCAAGAAAGAAGGGGAGUGUGUUAUCACUGAGUCUUAGGGUCCAAUUCUGUCACCUUCUGCCUUUCCACAAGUUGUCCCUGUGUCUUGCCAUUAAAUAAAAUAUUGCUCAGCUUGCACAGGGAUGGCAGAAUCUGAUCCUUCAUGCUUAUGACUACUAGUUUUCCAGGAAAGCCUGGGUUGAGGAAGGGGGAACAGAUUACUCAUGUAGGAUUAUAGAAUUGGAUUCUCACCUGUUGUGAAUGGGUGCAGGUACCUUAUCUUCAGAAUCUGGGGAGAAAUCCUCAUCUUCCUUGGUCGGCACAGUCCUAGCUCUCACUGAAGCUGUGUUCAUCCUCAUCAGCUGAGGAUCUAAUCCUAGUCUUUGCCUUAGGAUGCUAAACAAAAUAAUUUCUACUUUGUAAUGACAUUGGACAUAACUGUUUGAGAACACUUUUUAUUAAUAUCAACAGUGGUAUGUUUGUAUUGUAGAGGUGGUGGGGGAGGGUUUGUUGGUUUGUUUUUUAGUUCCUUUUGCCUUUCCUGUAAGUAUUGGACAUUUUAAAUACAAUGUCAGCACAGCACUUGGGACAAAAUGCUCACAAUUAGAAAUGUUUCCAAGAUACAGGCUUCAAUUUGUCAAGAUCCAGGCAUUUUUUAUGAGGACAUAAUCAGAUUGAGAGUAAAUUGAAUUGUGAUAAGUCUAUUGCCAUUGAUUUAGACUUGCAGUGUGAUUCACAUCUAGAAGAUUAAAUAUGAAGAUGGCCUACCAGACUGUUCAGAUUAUGGACAUAAAAAAGACAAAGGCCAAACGUAAGACUCUUCCAUGUAUUUUCUCAACAAAGGAACACCCUGAGUGUUGCAGGUUCUUCACUCUCUCCUUCCCUUCUUCUGGAAGGAGAGCAUCUUCCUUUCUGGCAGCACAUUAUUCAAACACUUGCACUGAUUGAGUUUGUUUCAUGUUGUUGAGACGGCACUAUAUACGAGCCUUCCAUGCCAUGCUCAUGUUUUAUCUUAGCCACUCCCAGCCUACCAAGCUUCAUGCCUCUUGGUUUCCACUCCACUAUUAACCUUCUGCUCAGUGUGGAAAUGUCUAGAGGUUGGUGAGGAAACUCUCCUCUGGCUUGAGCAGACCAUUUCUUCUCAGCCAUUUCCCCUUGGUGAACACAGCAAACCUACCAUGCAUGCACAGUGAAAUGAAGUUGGUGUAAUCCAAAUGGCACCAGAGUCAUUGGGAGACAAGGACCUCUCUUUGGCUUCAGUGAGUGUGUUGGAUUGGGCCUUUCAAGGCUGAAGGCAUUCUGCUUUCUCUCCAUGUUAGCUUGUGAUUCAGGGUAGAGUUUCUCUGUCUGAAACACAGGAGGCCAGAAAACUCCCUUGUACAUACAGCAUGAAGUAGGUUUUUGUUUUCGGUUGGAAUUAAUUCUCUGUGUGAACAGAACAUCAACGUGUGUGUUAGAACAUCUUUGAAUUCUGCUGACCCUUUAGUCUAGGAAUCCCAGCCACCUUCAUGUCAAAUUGACAGGCAAAAGCUUGUCUUUAAUGUCAGGAUUGGGCUAGAAUGGGCAACCCUUAAAUGGGUGGUCAGCUAGUCACACCACAAGUGUCCUGUGCGGCUACUCAAGUAAGAAACUGCUUGCCAGUAAGCGUAAGCAAUUCCUAAUCUUCCCUUUAGCUAUAUGGGUUUUGAAGCAAUCUGGCAAAUAUUUCAGUGAUUUGAAAAUGGCUCACUUACCACUUUGUACUUUUUUAAAACUCUUGCUUUUGAUAGUAUAGUAGUAACUUUUUUAGCAUUUUUGUGGCUUUAACCUUCUGUUAAUAUCUGCACUUGUUUGAGUGUACAUAUAUAAAUAUAUAUAAAUAUAAAAAGGGAGCCUUAAUGGAUUUGUUUUCAUAAUUUAAUAUUUUUUGUAUUUGCUCUUGUAUAAUUGUUUUUAACUAAAGGUAUUACAAGAAUGAGGGUGGAAUACUUAGAACCAAAGUUAUGCUUAAUAAAAUCUACUACAUGCUUGGCGUA